AUGGCGACUAUUGUUAACGAAGAUCUGACAACGGAACAACAAUCGGAAAGUCCUAAAUCGUCCCAAUCGGUGAAGCUUCAGAGUACAGAAGUUCUCGAUUGUCCUACUUGUUGCGAGCCACUCACCAGACCUAUCUAUCAGUGUAAAAACGGGCAUCUAGCUUGUUCGUCGUGCUGCAAAAAGAUGAACAAGACAUGCUCGUUCUGUAGAUCUCACAUCGGUGAUAUACGAUGCAGAGCCAUGGAGAAGGUUAUUGAAGCAUCUAUUGUCCCAUGUCCAAAUGAAAAAUACGGGUGUAAAGAAACCACCAUGUAUUGUAAUCAAUCUAGCCAUGAGAAGAUUUGUAUUUUCGUCCGUUGUUCUUGCCCUGUACCGAACUGCAACUACGUUGGCUCUUACCCGGAUCUCAAAAGACAUGCCUGUGCUGCACACUAUUGGGACGAGGGUGUCCAGUUUGUGUUUGACCGUCCUAUGAUCAUCGACAUGAACCUUGGUAAGAAGAUGAUGGUCGUUCUGAAGGAAGAGAAAGAAGGUGAUUUGAUUGUAGUUCAGGCGUUCAAGGGAUCAGAGUCACAGGGCGGCGUGUAUGUGACUGUAAACCGUAUGGCACCUAUGACUCCGAGUAUACGCGACUUCUCAUGCAGUCUGGCUAAACUCAACCAGUAUAGCACAUUAAGGAUUGGAUCGAUGGUGAAGAAAAUUCAGAAAGUGAGCGAGCAAAGGCAUCCCAAAGAUGACGUAAUGUGGAUUCCGCCUAACAUGUUGAGCGGCAAUUUCUGGAAGAUGCAGAUUUGCAUCGGCUAUGGAUAUAAAUAUAUUCACAUUUGA